CAUUAAUCUAUUUGCGCACCGGAGGCUGGCCAUCAGUGCGCGGCGAGAGCAGCAAGCCGGCCGCACGCGGUGGUUGGCGGCGGAGAUGGCGUCGCCGCCGGUGCCCCGGCGCGUGUGCGUGACCGGGGGCGGCGGGUACAUCGCCUCGUGGCUCAUCAAGCUUCUCCUCUCCCGCGGCUACGCGGUCCACGCCACCGUCCGCGACCCAAGUGAUCCGAAGAACGCCCACCUGUGCCGGCUGGACGGGGCUGCGGGGAACCUGCGCCUGUUCAAGGCCGACGUGCUUGACCCCGACGCGCUGGCGGCCGCGGUCGCGGGGUGCGAGGGGGUCUUCCAUGCCGCAUCUCCCGUGCCCUCGGUUAAGGUUGCCGAUCCUGAGUCAGAAGUAUUGGCACCAGCUGUUAAAGGCACCUUGAACAUACUUCAGGCUUGCUCAGCCAAUAAUGUGCAAAAGGUGGUUGUGGUUUCUUCCACCUCUGCUGUUCAUUUUAACCCGAAUUGGCCUCAAGGCAAACCGAAAGAUGAAAGUUGCUGGUCGGACAGAAAUUUAUGCUUGAAGAACGAGGACUGGUAUAUGGCUGCCAAGACUCUUGCAGAAGAGACAGCCUUGGAGUAUGCAGAGAAAAAUGGACUAACUGUUGUUACAGUUUGCCCUUGUGUGGUUUUAGGCCCACUCCUGCAGCCUGUUGUUAAUACCAGCAGCAAAUUUCUUAUCUACGUCAUAAAAGGAGGUCCUACUGUAAUGAACAACAUGUUGUGGCACAUAGUUGAUGUCCGUGAUGUGGCUGAUGCUUUGCUUCUGGUGUACGAGAAAGAGGAAUCAGCUGGUAUAUACAUCUGUGCACCGGAUCGAGUUAGCACAAAAGAUAUGUUGAAUAUUUUGAAGUCAAUUCGUCCUGAUUAUAACUAUGUAAACUGUGACAAUGAUUCGGAUCUUAAAUCUAUAGUUACACCAAUUACGUCGGAGAAACUGAAGAGUCUGGGCUGGAAACCAAGGAAAAUACAGGAAACGUUGUCUGAUAGCAUUGAAUACUAUGAGAAGGCAGGGCUUCUGCAGGAUGUAGAGGAAUGUCCUUGCCGCCUUCCUCAUCUUUUUCAUAUGGCUACAGAUAAAUGAAAGUAACCAUUUAUUAUUUCUUUCCCUUUUAUGUAAUUAAGCUCUUAACAUUGUUUAACUGAGACAUUAUGUCCAACACCAAUAAUUCAUGUUGAUGGACUUGCUCUUUCAA